AUGCAUUCAUAUAUCCUUGCAGCCCUUCCAUGCCUGGCAUUGGCAUUGCCAGGUCGACAACUCGCCAAGCGAGACAGCACCCUUAUUCCAACUUCGUGUUUCGACUCCACCUCGUCGUUGACAGAGUACUUUAACUAUGGAUACCCAUGGGGGGACACUCAUAAUGGCGCUGCCAUAAUGAAGGAGAGCAAUGCUGUCAUUUCAACGGCGGGAACCUUGACCUUGAACGCGACAUACACCGGAGCCUCCGAUUACGCCUGGGACUCUGGAACUGUGUACGCGAAGCAGCAGUUCACUGUCGAAGCCGGGGGCGGCCUGGAUUUCUCGGUCGACUUCAUCGCGACAGUGGACAAGGGUACUUGGCCGGCAUUCUGGCUGAAUGGGGUGAACUCAUGGCCUCCCGAGAUUGAUAUUGCGGAGUGGAAAGGCUCUGGGGACAUCAGCUUCAACACGUUUAAUUCAUCCAGUGAAGUUGAGGCCAAGGAUGUUGAAUAUCCAUCUCCCACGGAGUUCCACGCUGUGAAGGCUGAAUUGCGGGAUGAGAAUGGCGCCGAUGUCAGCGUCAAUUUCUAUCUUGAUGGGUCUUUGGUCACUACUCAGUACGCUGGAGGUCUUGUUGGCGAGCCGUUGAACUUGAUUAUUGAUUUGCAGAUGGAGGGAAGUAGUGGAAGCCCAGGCCCAGAAGGAAGUAAGUUCUCCAUUCGCUGUGCAUUCUGGCGUGGUGUUCCAAAGACCACGCCGAUAAAUGUUGCAGUUUGA